CUUCGCUUAAAGACCUCCUCUGUUCAAAUUCCAUCAUAAAUCCGACGCAAUGUCUUACAACAACAAUUCAGACAACUACAAUGGUGGAAACCGGGGCUCUGGCUACGAUGACAACCAUGACUACGGCUCCAACCAAGACGAUUAUAGCCGUGGCAACAAUUCUAGCUCUGAGAGAAACCAGGACGGCGGCAAUGAUGGAUUCCGCGGUGGAAAUGACAACUACAGCGGCCAGUCCAGUGGCUUCGGAGGCCAGGGAGGCAACGAUAACUAUGGGAAUCAGUCCUCCGGAAACUCGGGCAACUUUGGUGGCAACCAAGGGGGCAGCUCCAGUGGUAGUGGCCUCGGGGGCCUUUUGAAUCAAGCUGAGGGAUUCAUCAAGCAAGCAAGUGCCUCCAACAACAACAGCGGAAACAGCAACAACAAUAACAAUAAUAACAACAACAACAACCAACAAGAUGCCUCCGUGGAUAACUUUGUUGACUCGUUCGUCGACAAGCAGGUCGAUCAAUACGCUCCUGCGGGAUCAGACAGUUUUGUCAACGAGGGUGUCAACAAUAUGAUCAACAACGCGAUGAACAAGUAUCUGUGAAAGUAUUCCAUCGCAAAGCAGACGCGGAAGAUGUGGAUUUUCUUGGUGGACCAAGUAUCGUCUCCGAACUGACUUUUGGUGGAUUUUGAUAAUCGACUCUAUUCCGGAUGCUUUAUUUGACUAUCCUUAGAGAAGGG